AUGUCGGGACAGACGCUGACGGAUCGCAUUGCCGCUGCGCAGUACAGUCUAACGGGAUCAGAUGUAGCCCGCGCCGUCUGCAAGGCCACCACACAUGAGGUGAUGGCGCCCAAGAAAAAGCAUCUUGAUUAUCUGAUCUCUGCCACCAACGAGACCAACGUCAAUAUUCCUCAGAUGGCCGACACCCUGUUUGAGAGAGCCACCAAUGCAAGCUGGGUCGUCGUCUUCAAAGCCCUCGUCACCACCCACCACAUGUGUAUCCAUGGCAACGAGCGGUUUAUUCAGUAUUUGGCCUCCAGGACGUCCUUAUUCAAUCUGAGCAACUUUAUUGACAAAACAGGUUCCCAUGGCUAUGACAUGUCUACGUUCAUCCGACGGUACGGCCGAUAUUUGAACGAGAAGGCAUACUCUUAUCGCCAGAUGGCCUUUGACUUCACCCGAGUGAAGAAGGGGGCUGAUGGAGUGAUGAGGACAAUGGCUCCAGACAAGCUGUUGAAAGCCAUGCCAGCUCUGCAGACACAGGUGGACACACUGCUGGAGUUUGAUGUGCAUCCAAAAGAUCUGAAUAAUGGCAUCAUUAAUGCGGCAUUCCUGCUCCUCUUUAAGGACCUCAUCAAACUCUUUGCCUCCUACAAUGAUGGGAUCAUCAACCUACUGGAGAAAUAUUUCAAAAUGAAGAAGUCUGACUGCAAAGAAUCGCUUGAAAUCUACAAGAAGUUUCUGACUCGAGUCACUAAGAUUGCCGAGUUCAUGAAAAUCGCAGAGCAGGUUGGUGUGGACAAAAAUGACAUACCAGACAUCUCUUACGCUCCCAGCAGUAUCCUGGAGUCUUUAGAGGCCCAUAUGAACAGCCUGGAGGGGAAGAAAGGUGAAGGAUCUCCCACUAAGGGUUCUCCCACCAAUAACGUGUCACCUACAUCCACUCCAUCGAAAACAGCUGCUAGUGUUCCCACCCUUGGGCCUCCGCCCACUGAACCUGCUGCUGAGACAGUCACAGAUUCUCUGCUAGAUCUAGACCCGCUGUCCUCCUCUGGUCCUCCUGCAGGUGGCGCUUCAGCUGCCCCAACCUCUUGGGGAGACCUCCUGGGAUCCGAAAUGGGCUCCUUCACUACGGAGGCUCUUCUUCCUGACCCCUCCCCUGCUGUUGACUCCACCUCCUCUCCUGCUGCUGCAGCCACUGAGGGCGCCGCCAGUUUAGCUCCUCCCACUGCUGCCGCCUCUGGCUCAGCGGAGCUGCUUGGAGAUGCGUUUGCAACUCCUGUUGUUGAGUCUGCCACUACUGCAGAGGGCGCUGCAGCAACCACCCCCACGCCUGCCGACCCAAGCACUGCAACUGACUCUGGGGCUCCAGGUGAAGCCCAGCCAGCUGCCCCAGCGGCAUCAGGUUCUGAUCUGAUGGCAGCAUUUGAUGGAUUAGGGGACGUCCUCAUGCCGACCAUGACUCCGCAGCCCCCGGGGGCAUCACCCAUGGCAACCUCACCUGUUAAACCAGUGGGAGGAGACCUGGACUCCACCAUGGCUAAUCUGGCUGGCAACCUGAACAUGGGGACCCAGAAACCUGGUGAUGCGGUAGGUGGGACAAACUACCAAGCAAACAUUGCGCCCCCUAGUUGGGGGGCCCCCAUGUCGGGACCCCCAGGCCUCUGUCCUGUGAUGGGCUCCCAGCCCCUGUUUGGCACGACUGGAUCGGCUGGAGCCGGAGCUCCCAUGAUGACUGGAUCCCCCAUGUUCUCUCAGCAGCCCAUGAUCAGGCCACAGUUUCCUGCUGCAGGAGCACCUGGAGCACCGAUGUCACCGGGAAUGGCUCAGAGCCCCAGAAAGCCCCCCCCACCUAAAGACCCCCUCGCUGAUCUGAACAUCAAGGAUUUCCUAUAGGACUCAACCCCGGCUGCCCAGGUGUUGUGAAGACUGAAGUCCUGGUGAAACGGAUGUGUGUCCCUCUCCCUCCCAUUUCUUUCUUUGUCUAAAGUUGU